GCUUGGGCAGUAUUUGGGUACAAUGACUACAGUGCCUCCUCCAGGGGUGGAUGGUAGGUUCCGGGUUGAGUGUUUGCGGGCCGGGCUGCCUGUGCUUCAGAUUUGCUGAGGGAAGAGAGCAGGGAAGAGGUGUGUGAGGAUUUCGGUGCGGGAAGUGAGUGGAUAGGGGUCCGGGUUGCUUAUCUGGAUUCUUCACCUCAUGACAUACACCUGCCUCAAAAGGGAAUUACAAAUUAUCAGUCGUGGUGGAGAGGAAGCGUCCAUGCGACUGGUGCUGAUGGACUUUUGCUUGGGAGCGGUGGACUGAGAGACUGCCUCAUAUAUCUUCUCCUUCAGCUCCCCGAACUUCUACUAAAAGAAGAGGGAAGGGACCACUUCACACAACAUGGCAACAGUGCAAACCACGGUAUCUGACAUGCGCACGAGAGCGGAAGGCUACGAGAAGACAGACGACGUGUCUGAAAAGACCUCACUUGCAGAUCAAGAAGAGAUGCGAAGCAUUUUUAUCAACCAGCCUCAGCUGACUAAGUUUUGCAACAACCAUGUUAGCACUGCAAAGUACAAUCCCAUCACGUUUCUGCCAAGAUUUCUCUAUUCUCAAUUCAGAAGAGCUGCCAACGCAUUUUUCCUGUUUAUAGCACUACUACAGCAAAUUCCAGACGUGUCGCCAACAGGUCGCUAUACAACACUGGUCCCUCUCUUGUUUAUUUUAGCUGUGGCAGCUAUCAAAGAAAUAAUAGAAGAUAUUAAAAGACAUAAAGCUGAUAAUUUUGUAAACAAGAAGAAAACUCAAGUAUUGCGAAAUGGUGCUUGGGAAAUCGUGCACUGGGAAAAGACAGAUGUUGGAGAUAUAGUUAAAAUAAGUGGCACAGAAUAUAUACCUGCUGACAUUAUACUUCUCUCAUCAAGUGAACCUCAAGCAAUGUGCUACAUUGAAACCUCAAAUCUAGAUGGAGAAACAAAUCUUAAAAUACGCCAGGGUUUGUCGGUGACUGCAGAUAUGAAGGACAUAGAUACACUGAUGAGCCUGUCUGGCAAAAUUGAAUGUGAAAGUCCUAACAGACAUUUAUAUGAUUUCAAUGGAAACAUCAGACUGGAUGGCCAUGGGCUUGUCCCUCUGGGUCCAGAUCAUAUUCUAUUGCGAGGGGCUCAGCUGAGAAACACACAGUGGGUGCAUGGAAUUGUUGUCUAUACUGGCCAUGAUACUAAGCUCAUGCAGAAUUCCACAAGGCCUCCUCUGAAAUUGUCAAAUGUGGAACGUAUAACCAACAUCCAGAUACUGCUUCUGUUUGGCACACUUAUCGCGAUAUCUUUAGUCUGCUCCAUUGGCUCCUCUAUAUGGAAUUCGAGGCAUGGCGAUAAGGACUGGUACCUAAGCUUGAACUAUGGAGGAGCUAGCAAUUUUGGACUGAAUUUUUUAACAUUUAUUAUUCUCUUCAACAACCUUAUACCCAUCAGUUUGCUAGUUACUUUGGAGGUGGUGAAAUUUAUCCAGGCAUAUUUCAUAAACUGGGAUGUAGAUAUGUUGUAUGAGCCUACAGAUACAGCUGCUAUGGCCCGAACUUCAAAUCUUAAUGAAGAACUAGGGCAGGUAAAGUACAUAUUUUCUGACAAAACUGGGACCUUGACUUGCAACGUUAUGCAAUUUAAGAAGUGCACUAUAGCAGGAAAUGCCUAUGGCCAUUGCCCAGAGCCAGAAGAGGACAGGUAUUCAGACGAUGGUUGGCAUUAUUCACAUACUGAAGAAGGCUUCCUUGACCCAUCUUUGCUCGAAAACUUGGAAAACAAUCAUCCAACUGCACCGGUGAUAUGUGAGUUUCUUACUAUGAUGUCGAUAUGUCAUACUGCUGUGCCGGAGCGUGAUGGAGAUCAGAUCAUUUAUCAGGCAUCUUCUCCUGAUGAGGCUGCUCUGGUCAGAGCAGCAAGACAAUUGCGUUUUGUAUUUACCGAUCGGACGCCAAAUUCUGUCAUAAUAGAAUCACUUGGUCAGGAAGAGCGAUUUGAGCUGCUGCAUGUUCUGGAAUUUACAAGUAAUCGGAAGCGAAUGUCUGUCAUUGUUCGAAAUUCAGCAGGAAAACUGCGGCUGUACUGCAAAGGGGCUGAUACAGUCAUUUAUGACCGUCUGGCUGAAACGUCAAAGUACAAAGAAAUAACAUUAAAACAUUUGGAACAGUUUGCAACCGAAGGUUUACGGACCUUGUGCUUUGCUGUUACUAGUAUCCCAGACAGUGCUUAUGAAGAAUGGCUGGAUAUUUAUCAUAGAGCUUCCACUUCUGUGCAGAACAGAGCACUGAAACUUGAGGAAUGCUAUGAACUCAUAGAAAAAAAUCUACAUUUACUUGGAGCCACGGCCAUUGAGGACAAGCUACAAGACAGUGUGCCAGAAACAAUAGAGACUUUAAUCAAGGCGGAUAUCAGGAUCUGGAUUCUAACAGGAGAUAAGCAGGAAACUGCUAUUAAUAUAGGUCACUCUUGUAAACUUCUUACGAAGAACAUGGGACUAAUUGUUAUUAAUGAAGAAUCUCUUGAUACAACUCGAGAAGUUUUAAAUCAUCACUGCACCACUCUUGGUGAUUCCUUGAGAAAGGAGAACGACUUUGCUCUGAUAAUUGACGGCAAGUCCCUGAAGUAUGCCUUGACAUUUGAAGUGAGACAGUAUUUCUUAGACCUCGCUCUUUCAUGUAAAGCUGUAAUUUGUUGCAGGGUAUCCCCUCUGCAGAAAUCUGAAGUGGUGGAGAUGGUAAAAAAACAAGUAAAAGUUAUCACCCUUGCUAUUGGCGAUGGAGCAAAUGAUGUCAGUAUGAUCCAGACGGCCCACGUUGGUGUUGGUAUAAGUGGAAAUGAAGGGCUACAAGCUGCCAACUCGUCUGACUACUCUAUAGCACAGUUUAAGUAUUUGAAGAACUUACUGCUGGUCCAUGGUGCUUGGAAUUAUAAUCGAGUAGCAAAGUGCAUAUUGUACUGUUUUUAUAAGAAUAUUGUGCUCUAUAUUAUUGAGAUUUGGUUUGCCUUUAUGAAUGGUUUCUCUGGGCAGAUUCUUUUCGAAAGAUGGUGCAUCGGCCUUUACAACGUGCUGUUUACGGCGCUGCCCCCUUUAACUCUUGGAAUAUUCGAACGAUCAUGUCGCAAGGAAAACAUGCUGAAAUACCCUGAGUUGUACAAGACAUCCCAGAAAGUGCUUGAUUUCAAUACAAAGGUCUUCUGGGUUCACUGUUUGAAUGGCCUUUUCCACAGUGUUAUCCUGUUCUGGUUUCCAUUAAAAGCUCUCCAGCACGAUACCGUAUUUGGGAAUGGGAAAACCUCUGACUACCUUUUGCUGGGAAACAUUGUUUACACAUUUGUGGUGAUAACUGUGUGUUUGAAAGCUGGAUUAGAAACAUCACAAUGGACAAUGUUCAGUCAUAUAGCUAUCUGGGGAAGCAUUCUACUGUGGAUCGUUUUCUUUGGAGUCUAUUCUUCGUUGUGGCCUGCUAUCCCCUUGGCACCUGACAUGUCAGGAGAGGCGGUUAUGAUGUUCAGCUCUGGAGUUUUCUGGAUGGGGCUUUUCUUCAUCCCUAUCACAUCCUUGCUGUUUGACAUUUUGUACAAAGCGGUCAAAAGAACAUGUUUUAAAACCUUAGUUGAUGAAGUUCAUGAACUUGAAGCCAAAGCACAAGAUCCUGGUGCUGUUGUCCAUGGGAAAAGCUUAACUGAGAGAGCACAGUUGCUGAAGAACGUCUUUAGAAAGAAUACGACUAAUUUAUACCGUUCUGAAUCGGUACAGCAGAACCUGCAUCACGGGUAUGCCUUUUCCCAAGAUGAGAAUGGAAUUGUCUCUCAGUCUGAUGUGAUCAGAGCCUACGACACCACCAAGCAAAGAGCAGAAGAAUGGUGAACAGGAGCAGACGCGAACCUCGCUUGUUAAUUCACUAGAUCUUGUCUGAAAUCAGAUAUGAAACCUUGCGGUUGGUGAUUUCAAAAAGAUCAGUGUCCAAAAAUUGACCUGUAAUUUAUUAUUUUCUAUUAAAAAAAAAAAAGGUAGCAGACACUGUUAAUGUAUUACAACUGUUGCACGUUUCUCCCGACAAUGUCGAGUCUAACAACCCGAUAGUUAGUGUAACAAUAUCGCAUUUCAGUAUUAUUUUAUAAGAAAAAUAACAACCCACCGCCCUUUGGGUAAUCGACAAGGUUGUGAAAUGAAGAACAAUGUUUUUCCGAGCAGACCCCUAUGUUUAUAACACGGAACGACAGCCUGUGAUACUAGAGCUGCAAAACCACAUGGGAUCCGCUAGCCGCAUCCUCAGAGAGAGUAGAGUAUCAAACGAUUUUACUAUAAAUGCUUGCCAAAGAAACAUAUCCUGUUCUGGUUAUUCCCUGCUGGGAUGUCUUUGGAAGAUCUUUCAGUUGAUGGGGAGAUAUUUCCUGCAAACACUCCUCAAAUCUCCAGUUGUUACGAGGGCAAGAUCACAAGACGCAAGCUUGUAUCCUUGUACCUUAAUGACACUUGUUUUUAUUAUCUGUGACAUUUUACACCUUGCGCCUUAUUCAUGCUACUGUGUUAAUCUUGUUGCGUAAAAAUGUGAAUGCAUUAAAAUGCUUGUGUGUGUCUAAAGAGAUGAGCGUGUUAGAGUCGCUAAGGAAUGUCACGAUUUCCCCAGUGUCUUGUGCUGUUUUUCUUGUACCUUUCUAUACGUUGACGAGAAGGAAAUGCAAUUCUCCUAUCUGUUUAAAUUCUUUUAAUGGAAAAUGUUUUUAGCACAGGUUGUUAUUUAUAUAGAGAUUAAUGUAUACCCUUUACUCCAAUUUCUUUUUUUUUUUUUUUCCUUAAAUUCUUUUUAAGCUUCAUUUGUAAGUGUUGUUUCCUGCACAGAAGCACUUGCUUGUAGUGGAGAAUGUAAAUGGCCUUCGGUGUCAUGGUGGAUGAAUUUUGGAGAAUCGGAAUGUAGUUACGUAUUCAGUUAAAGUCUAGACCGACGUAUAUAUAUGGAAACCUGAGGGGUUGAAAUAAUUCUUGGCCAACGUUCUCCAUAAAUUCCCAUUUUUGAAAUUUGAUAUCUUUUUAAUGAGGUCUGUGGAGUAGAUGUUAAAAUUGUGCAUGGUAACAUAUCACAUUCGUAUUCUGCUCUAUGUACUAAUCCUGGGGACUUCUUUAAGCAUAAGUCCUAGCCAUGGCACAUUUUUAUUGGGAUUCACUAGCACCGCAGCAUGAUCCGCUCUUCAGUCAGGUUUGCUCCAUCGAUAUCACUAGAAAAUAUUACCUGGAUUUCUAACAUGAGUUUGUAAAGAUUAACAUCCAGAAUGAUAUUAUUUAUUACAGUUGCACCCAUGGUAUGUUGCUUGUGUGGUUUUGUUUGCUCCAGUCCAUACAUGACCAUUUAAACAUAUCAUUAGCCUUAAAGGGAUUCUGUCAUGAUUGUUAUGGUGUUGUUUGUAUAUAUAUUUUGUAUAUUGCUUAUAAUUCUACCAUUUUACAUUGUAUUCUUUAACCAAUAAAUGUAUUUUUUCAGCUGUAAUAUUGGAGUGUAGGCAGCCAUCCCAGGUCAUUGUGCUUGAAAGAUCCAGCACUUUAAAGUGGAUUUGCUUUCAAUUAAGCUGUUGUUUCUCCUACUGAGUGCUAUUCUUAUAUCUAUAGGAACAUUUUUUAGCAAUGCAGAUGUCACAGGGGUGAUGCCGUGUUAACUUCCUGCUGUUCUGCUGAUGUGAAAGGAGAGGGGUGAUCUCAGAGCAAAAGUCAACUGACUGACUAAGGGCACCUGGGAAGUUAAGAGCAUGUCUAGUCCCACAUCAAAUUACAGAAUCAAAUAUUUAAAUAAGAAAUCUGUUUGCUCUUUUGAAAACUCCAGAUUUCAAUGCAGGAGUCUGCUGAAGGAGCGAUAUUAACUGAUGCGUGAAAAACAUGUUUUCCUGAGACAGAAUCCCUUUUAGGCUAAAACCUUCAGAAUGAACAUUGAAAUUGUACAUAAAGAAGACUGGUCUAGAAAAAAUACAUUUUACAAAGAGAUUCUCGGAUAGUUACUCCCAGUUUGGAGGAUAUCCGAGUAAUUAGCACUACUACCAUUGAGUAGUUAAGAGAGGAGUGAAUGUUAAUUGCUAUUUAUAUAUAAAGAGAGAGAGGUUUUAUAAGUAGCAAAAAUAUUUUGCUAUAGAAGGCCCCGAAUUAGGAUCGGAAUAGGGAUAUCCUUACCCCCUAGCAGAAUGUCACUAUAUUUUUUUGUAAAAUGAUUAAUAACUCCACUUCUCAUAGCUUAUACUAGCACAAGCCAAACCUAUUUGUAAUAUGGCUAUUAAAGGGAACGUGGCCUUUUUUUCCCCUCAUUCCGAAGGCUGUGUCAGAGGAGGUUGAAAGAAAAACUUGUAGAUAGUUUUAUUGGAUUUUACUGGAUGCCAUUAAGUGCCUGUACUGCAUCUGAACCCCAUCCAGUUGUCAGUAUAUAUUAUACUCCUUCAUUAUAAGAGUCUACGUGUGAAUCGAUGAAUUAACCAUUUAAAACAAUUCCGAUAUGUUCAGAAGCUUCAGCUAAUUUGAUUGGCCACUGCUGCCCAUCUUUCAAUUCAGCCCUAACAUUAGAGAAGUCAACCUACAUGUUUGUAUUAUCUUCUCUAAAUAUAUCGGCACUGAUCAUUUGUUUUUCUGUUUACUAAAGCGUGUAUUUCUUUCCCUAUGGCUUGUAUUCACAAUUCUGACUGGACUGUCAUACUAGGGUGUUUCCCAUAGGAAAUUUGUAUUGUGGUUCCAAUUUUAUGUGAUAGCCAGGGAGCUAAACUAAGUCAAAAACAAAAAAUGGGAAGAGGCCCACUAAUAGUCAAAAUAGUAUGAAAAUUAUUAGGACAUUCAUUGGCCUAAUGCAUUUCGUGCCAAGAUGGGCACUUACUCAUAGGGAGCUAAAGUUGUUUUUAUUGUCAGUUAAAAGAAUUUGAAUGGAAUGUACUUUGAAUAAAUUGUACCAUAUGUUUUUAUUCCGUCAGGCCAAAUUCUGGCAUAGUUUUUGAGGAUAGCCUUGUUUAUUCAGUACCAAUGGCCUAGCCUAGACACAGGGAGGAAUUUAUAAUGGUGCCCCUUUGGAUCUCCACCAAAACGAAAGCAUUCAGAAAGUGCCUGUAUCAGGGUGACGGAGAACUUCAACAUAAAUUGAAGCGAAUGUGCCCAGUGCUCUUUUUGGACACCGUUUCCAUUUGAUUUUUCUUAAUUCUUCUCUUGAUGUGUUACACUUUAUGGAGCUGCUUCCUCAUACAGGCACUGGUUUGAAUACCUGAAGUACAAUCACAUAGGUGGUGUCUCCAGUUCUUAUGGAGAGCUCAGCCCUAAGGUGUUUUUAGAAAGUGAUACCAGUUUUAAGUAUCCCCUGCAAUACUGUAUGACCAUAAACAUGAUCCAGUAACGUGGUGGACAGAGCACCUCGGAGAGCUGAGCUUGGCUGAACCUGGCAGGAGAACCUACCAAGAUCUAGGAAAAAUCCCCCUUCUAUCCAGCAUACUCCUCCAAGACUUCACCUCUUUUGGUGUUAUUUUCUGCUAGAGAACAACCCAGCAUAUCCACAUAAACAUUGACAUCAUAAUUCUACCCUGAAAAGUUAUUAUAUAUUUCCUACGCCAUGUUCGAAAAGCUCUUGGAAAAAGCAUUUUGGCCAAAUGUGGUUUGUUUGGAAAGUUUGUCCCCUUUAAAACUGCGGCUUGGGAAUCGCAUCUGUCCAUCGUCAAGUGACAAAUUAUUUCUAAAAAACUAAAUUGGUCGUUGGUGCCUUGAGUAUCAUUAGCGGCGUGAAUAUGGUUUCAGUUUGUGCGUGUGUUUUUUUAUAUGUAUUUCUAAUGGAGGUCAGCGAAGGCGAUGGAAGCCUUGCUGAAUAUUACGGUAAGGAAUGUUACACCCUCCCUGAACUCUGCGUCACUUAUUUGCCCAAUCGACUCUCAUUUCUAUAAGUAAACACCACCUAUGACUGGGCUGCUUUUACAUUGUCUCUAGAAGUUCAGCUCCCGGGUGAGUCUGUCUGUCCGGCCGGCCGUCCUUUUCAGUUGAACACUAAUUUACUCAACGUGACUAAGUGCUACAAACCCUUGUGCUCGUCAUGAGCCUUCCUGCUCCGUCUGCAUGAGUUAAUAUUGAAGAAGUCAAUGUGACUAACGCCUCAUCUCGUGAUUUACAAGCUUGCGCUAUGUUCCCGUACUGGAUGCUUUGGGAUACGUCUCAUUCAUUAAACAUUUUAUUAUAUAGGACCCCGUGUUGGGACGUAGGUUUUAGGGCAGAGACCGACGAGAAGAUUCGGGGAGAUUAGUCUCUCGGUGACAAAUCGCAUCUUCGUCGGGCGACUAAUCUCCCCAGACUGCCUCCCUGCCAGCUAGAAUCUAAAUCGCCGGCGAUAUGGCACUCGUGAUUCGUUUUCCGAAGUCGUCUAAAGUUUCCUCAUGAGGCGACUUCAGAAUAUGAAGUGCUACGUGUGCCAUUACAUUCUAGCUGACGGCGAGGCAGUUCGGGGAGAUUAGUCGCCCGAAGAAGAGGUGAUUUGGCGCCAGAAUCUCCAGAAUCUUCUCGUCUCUCUCUGCCCUUAAAGAACGUGUUUAUUUUGAAUCCGACCAUAUGAAGCUUUUCAUUCUUUAACGUUGCACUUACUUUGCCAACAUUAGUUUCCCCCCUGUUGUUGUUGUUGUGAGUAGAAUGUUUAUGUUAUCACACUAGAAGCCAUACAGGAAUAUAUGUGUUUCCUAUUGUUUUUUCUUGUCCUGAAAUGAGGCCCCUGAAUUCCUCGUGUGCACUGAUGUCUGUCACAAGGUGGAAUAGUGAAGAUGCAUGAAUGAUAAUGUGUUGUGGUAUCCACCGCCCAAAAACUUCUUUCUCAUGUCGAUGUUUGGCCUUCUUUGAUAGCGUAUCCAGCAAUGAGGGAUUCCACUUGAAGGCCGUUGCAACUUUUUUAUCGUUAUAGGGUUUUGUUUUUUUUUCUUUUUAUUUAUACUUUAACAUUUUAAAGCAGUGUUUUGUCUUGUUUAUAUUUGGUGAAUGUGCAUGUAUUACACUGGAAUUUUUCAAUGUUUUGUCUCCGUUUAAAACAAAUAAAAGUAAUAGUUUACCUGUU